AUGUCCUCCACGCCCAUGGACCUCGACCCUCCCGCCGGCUCAAACGGCUCUCCCUCGCUCGCCAUCUCGCGGAAUCUGGCCGCCAGCGCGCCCGUGUCCAACCUCAGCGAUGUCGUGUCCAGCUUCCGCCCGACAAAGCUGCUGCGCAGAGACGACGUCAAAGAUGGCCGGCCGCAGCCUCGCGUCCUCUCCAUCGACUACGACGACGACGGCGAGCUGCUCAUGACAUCUGCCAGCGACGAGACUAUUCAGAUCUACAAUGUCCGCGAGGGCCGCCACGACAAGAGCUUGCUGAGCAAAAAGUACGGCGUCAAGCUGGCCAAGUUUACACAUACCCGCUCCAGCAUAAUAUAUGCCAGUACCAAGCAGAACCACGCCAUCCGAUACCUGGCUACCCAUGACAACUCCUUCAUCCGCUACUUCGAGGGCCACGACGCCGCAGUCACCGGCCUCGCCGUCCAUCCCGGCAGCGACAACUUCAUCUCCUGCUCCCAAGACAACACCGUCCGCCUCUGGGACACGCAGACCAAGCACUGGCAGGGCCAGCUCUUCCUCCGCUCGCCCUACCUCGCCGCCUACGACCCCUCCGGCACCGUCUUUGCCGUCGCCUGUCCCAGCAGCGGCUCCGUCCUCAUGUACGACGUCCGAAACUACGACAAGGCGCCGUUUACCACCAUUGACAUUGUGGAGCAGUGCCGCAGCGUCGACUCCCAGUGUCUCCUCAAGGGCUGGACCAAGCUCGAGUUCUCAAACGACGGCAAGACCAUCCUGGUCGGCACAAAGGGUCGCGGGCACUUCCUCCUCGACGCCUUCCAGGGCAACCUCAAAGCCUACCUGCGGCGGCCCGCCGGAGGAACGCGCCGGCUUGCCGCGGGCGAGAGUCUCCCCGCCAACGGCUCCGCGCCCUCGCCUACCGAUCCCGGCGCGUUCGAGAGCAGCGGCGAGUGCUGCUUCGCGCCCGACGGGCGGUUCGUGCUCAGCGGCGGCGCCAAGCAGGACGUGCUGGUGUGGGACACGCUCAAGCAGCCGUCCGAGGGCAAGGUGCUGGAUCCGACGUGGACGCUGCCCGAUAAGAGAGAGGCGGCGGUCCUGGCGUUUAAUCCGCGCUUCAACUUUUUCGCAACGGCCGACCAGGACUUGGUCCUCUGGCUGCCGGAUCCUCAUGCAUAG